ACACUCGCCGUAAUUUCCGGUUUCCGUUUGCUCGUGCAUAGAAGUCGCGUAAAAACAACGAUGGCUGGAACAGUGGAGUGAAUACAUCUACGCACUUCGGUUUUGUAAUUCCUGUAAAUGUGUUGAUAUUUUCAGAUACAAAGCUAUGCCUAUGUUUGAUCGGACAGGCUCUAAUGGCAACAACCAUGAAGACCAGACAAGCCCUGGGAGGGUAAGACGGCGGAGUCGUUCUCGCAGCAGAUCUAGAGAGUUUGGUCCUCUGCCAAAGGCCCCAAAAUACGAUACAGACAUCUCAUUGAAAGAUGAGCGAAGGUCUCGACAGUCCGAAAGUCGUGAAAGAAAUGUUAGGAGGUUUCGCAUGGGUAGCCCACGUAGUCGUUCGAGGUCUCGAGAGAAAAUAAACAGUUGGUAUGAUCAGCGCGAUGGCAGACAUGGUGGUUCCAGGAAUGAGUACUACGAUCAGCGGGAUGAUGCUCAACGCCAAAGACAAGAGGCCUUCAACGCAAGACGUCUACAAGAAAGGGAGAGAAUUGGUGAACUCGGAUCGUCUGAGGUCUGGGGCUAUUCUCCGAGAGUAAGAGAACCUGAUUCUGAUGAACAUACACCAGUUGAAGAGGAGGUGAAGAACAGCAGCUCAGAUUCAAGUUCAGAAGAUGACAAGAAAAAGAAAAAGAAGAAGAAAAAGAAAUCAAAAAAGAAGAAAAACAGGAAACACUCAGAGGAUAGUGAGUCAGAGUCUGACUCUGAUGGAGAAGAAGUAAAGAAGAAGAAAAAGAAAAAGAGCAAAAAGAAGAAGUCCAAAAAGAAGAAGGCCAAGAAGAGCCGUAAACAGUCCAGUGACUCGAGCAGUGAGCAGUCAGAGGAGGAAGAGGAUGCCACUGAAGAGCUCUGGGUGGAGAGAACCUGCACGGAUGAACACAUUGUCGGGCCGGAGGCUCCUCUAACCCACCUGUCCCAGGAUGACAAGCCUCUGGACUUUGGUCAUGCGCUGCUGCCAGGUGAGGGUGCUGCCAUGGCAGAGUAUGUGAAAGCAGGCAAGCGUAUCCCAAGAAGAGGAGAGAUCGGGCUGACCAGUGAUGAAAUUGCAACAUUUGAGAAGUCUGGCUUUGUGAUGAGUGGGAGCAGACAUCGACGUAUGGAGGCUGUGCGUCUGAGAAAGGAAAACCAGAUUUACAGUGCAGAUGAAAAGAGAGCUCUUGCAUCUUUUAACCAGGAAGAGAGAAGGAAAAGGGAAAGCAAGAUCCUCUCCAGUUUCAGGGAAAUGGUGUACAGGAAAACUAAAGGCAAAGAUGAUAAAUAAGUCUUUGUCCCAAAUGGUUCAUAACUUCAAAUACCUUUUUUUUCCUUUCCCUAAACUUUGUGUUUUAUUGUCUGAGAUCAAAUGUUUUUAUUCUCAGUUUUUGUAAAGGGGAAUUGAAAUAGUAAUGCAAAUUGCUUUUGUUCAUGCAUUAUGUAUAAAUCAGUCAGUUCAACAGAAUAGAAUGAGCCACCUUAUUUCUGUGCAUAAGUGUAAAGAAAAACUGUUGACAGCAGGUGCACAGGUUAAAUUGUAUUUUGUAAUUUGCUAUUGUGCAUUUCUAACUUCCAGUCUAACCUUGAACCUUCUACCUUUUUUAUUUUUGCUAAUGUGCAUGUUGUUUAGCUUGAGAAAUAAAAUUUGUAAUGUGGCUAGUAAAUCAUAACAUUGUACUUGGAUUAUUUUAACUUGAAUUAGUGAUAUGAGGAGGAUCUGCAUCUACAGGGCUUUGCAUAAAUGAGGCAAAUCAUACAGUAUUAUGUACUUAU